AAAAAAAAACUCUUUUUUUUUUCCCUUUGAGAAUUCAACAGGCUGCUCUUUAUCUCUGCCUCUUUAUCUCUCUGUCUCUCUUUCUCUUGCUACAGUAACUGAUAUUUUUAUAUUGACAUAUGGGUAUUUCUGGUCUUUUACACUUACUUAAGCCAAUUACACGCAAAAUUCAUAUUAAAGAAUAUGCUGGUCAAACAGUAGCUAUUGAUGGCCAUGUCCUUCUUCAUCGUGGUGCUUUUGGUGUUGCUUCUAAACUGGCUAAUAACCUCACUACAGAUAGAUAUGUUCAAUAUUUCAUGUUCUAUAUCGGCCUAUUUCGUCACUUUGGUGUGACUCCCCUUGUUGUGUUUGAUGGUUUACCUUUACCUUUGAAAAAGGUCACUAAUGAUGACCGUCAUUCUAAGCGAGAUGCUAAAUUAGCUGAGGGCAUGCGACAUCAAAUUCAAGGCAAUCAUGCUUUAGCCGAAAAAUGUUUCCAACAAUCCAUUUCUAUCCAUCAAGACAUGAUCCGAGCAGUCAUUCUGGAACUUCAAAAGCAAAAAGUACAAGUCAUUGUGGCUCCUUAUGAAUCUGAUGCUCAAUUGACCUAUCUUCUCAAGACAAACAAAGUGUCUGCUGUUGUCUCUGAAGACUCUGAUCUACUUGUGUUUGGUUGCUCUAAAGUGAUUUACAAACUGACCCGAGAAGGGAAUGGUGAAGAGAUCAAAUACCAAGACAUUUUUACCCUUCAAGAAGAAAGACUAGAUCAAUUCACACCUGAUCUGUUUAGACAGAUGUGUAUGCUUUCUGGCUGUGAUUACUUGCCUUCAUUAGGGGGUAUGGGUCUAAGAACAGCUCUUAAGAAAUUCAAGCAUGACUUCUCUGUAGACACGGCGUUACGGACCACUUUUGGCUCAGGUGAACGAUACAAUGAAUAUAAAAAAGAAUUUUACCAUGCAGAAAUGGGCUUCUUGUAUCAAUGGGUCUAUGAUGCUGAUAAAAAGGACUAUGUACGUAUAAAUCCUUUACCUGACCACUUGGAAUCAGAAGCGAUUGAACUAUUGGGUCCAAAACCUUCUGUGAAGCAACUGAGCAUUUUACGAGUCAACAAGAUCAUUCCCAACAUGCAAGAUGCAGCCAAUCACCAACAAACAAAUAUGCCUUCUCACAAGACAGCAGUAAUCACUCUGUCUGUCGAUAAUAGAGAGAACAUCACAGUCCAUACGAUUGAUCAAGAACAAGAACUGACAAAACUGUAUUUUGCAAGACACCUUCAGUCAUCAGAUGUAUCAGAAGACUAUUUAAGUGCGAGUAUCUAUACACUUGAAAAACCAGCAGAAACAGAUAAAUCGUCUACUACAUAUACAUCAUGGAUAUUCAACAGUAAAUCCCAUCGUCAACCUACACUCAAGGCAGCACCUUCAUACACAAGUCAUGUUCGCCAACGUGUCAACAAACCCUAUCCUAGCAAGAGCCAUUCUAUUAUUAAUGAAAUGAUAAAAUACUGUGAUGAAAACAAGGAAAAUAUUCAGGUAAGCAAAUAGAAAUACAUGGCCAAUGUGUUCAUUGCUAGGUUUGUAUAGCCAAAUCCUAUCAAAAUACACCACAAAAUAAAAGUAUUGCCAAAUAAAUCAAAAAAGGCGGCUUCUCCAUUAGGAUCUAAAGAAAACCGUCCUGAUUUCAUGGCAGCUGUUGAUGAUUGGGUUACUGAAGUAGCCUCACGCCGCACUCAAUCCUCAAAUCAACAUCCUCGUCGUAAAUACAUGCCAUAGUCUAUUCGCUCAACAUGAAUGUAAAUAAAAUGUAAAUACAAACACAAUAGACAGAAAAAAAAAAUAAUCAUCAUCUCAAACGCGUUUAUUCGCUAACAAAAAUAAAUCUGCAACUAUUUUUGGGUAAACCAAACAAGGCAC